UUUAUCACAAUUGAUGUCUAAUCCUAUUGGUGAAGCAGCCGGUUAUUUUGCCAAAAGGAACGAGCAAGUCAAUAAACCUGUAAUAAAUCUUGGUGGUCAGUCUCCGUCUACUACCUUACCAAACGACGAUGAUGCUUUAUCUCCAGCUUCACCAAAAAGUCGCCCAUCUCAACAACGACAACAAGAUAACGAUAACGAUAAUGAUACAACUUUUGACCCUAGAGCACAGUGGCAACGUAUGUUAAACAAAUUAUCAUUCAUAGGAAACGAAGGAUCCUUACACUCCCAGCAUACUCGUUACAACCGAUCAUCUCAACAAAAAGACAAUGAUAAUGAUGGUGAUAGUGAUUUUAGUGAUGAUCUUGACAACAACAACAACAAUAAUAAUAAUAAUAACACUAAUAACAACACAAUCAACAAUGAUGCAACUUUACCAACACCCAAAGAACUAGAAGAACAAUCAAAUAUGGAUAUGAAAAACAAUUCAUUUAUUGAAAGUUCAGCUACUCCCAAUCAUACGAUGAACAGCAACAAAAACUCAACUUCCAAUUAUUUUGCUCAUCCAUUCUCACCUGAUUCACCAUCUCCACCAUCACUUCCUCAUAUCACGGUACCAGAAGCUACUCAUCUUGCUCGGUUACACUGGGGUAAAACUUUGGAUAAAAUUCGACUCAUCGCCAACCUACAAAAACCUCAUACUUCUAGUCAACCAGCGGAUACCGAUGCGUCAACAUCAUUGGUUCCUUAUUGUUCUGCUCUCUUUGAUCCUCCUUUUAUAGCUCUCUCUAAAGACACUCAUGGUAGACGACCCCCUCCUAUUUUACUUCAAUUUCUUCAUUUGGAUAUUACGGAUUCAGUAUUGGAAACACAAGGGAUCAAUCAAUGGGUAUUUCGAAUUGAGUUACAAUAUGGUGAUGUGAAAUGGGUAAUACGACGAACCAUUGCUGAUUUUGUUUCAUUACAUUAUACACUCAAAUUCAAGGCGAAUCUUUUGGAUAAUAUACCAGCACCUCCCAAUUUCCCUAAUCAAUUACAGUCAUGGAUCAAUUCAGCAAAAGAAACUCUGCUUGGAGACGACAUAGGACAUCGCGAAGAUGAAGGUGGAAAGGAUCGAAAGGAGAUUGCACUACAAAGACGCCGAGAAUUAACAAAAUAUUUACGAAAGUUAUUGGAUCGAGGUCAUAUUUUAGUUAGCUACGAUAUUUGUGAAUUUUUGGAAAUCUCGGCCAUCAGUAUUGUACAAGAUAUGGGUUGGAAAGGCAAGGAAGGUUAUUUGGAAAAUCGUGUCAAUUUUGUCACUCCACGAUUUUGUCACUUCUUUCGGCCUCAUCUUUGGGCAAAGGAAUGGGUGAUUCUUCGUGAUUCAUAUAUUGCUUUCUGUACGGAUAUUGGAUCAACCUCACCUACUGAUGUUUUGGUAUUAGAUAAAAGCUUCCGUGUCUCCAAUAAACAACCCGGUAUAUUUGGACGAUAUCAUCACCAUAUUAUACUUUCCAACAACUUUCGUAGAAUUGAAAUCAAAGGCAGUAAACGACAGGUGGAUGAAUGGCGGGAAGGUAUCACUAAGGUACAUGAAGAAAGUCCAUGGGUCAAAAAUCAUCGAUUUGGCUCAUUUGCUCCCAUUCGUGAAGAUUCCAAGGUCAAAUGGUUUGUGGACGCGGAAGAACAUUUCAAUGCUGUUGCUGAAGCCAUUUUAUCUGCAAGAACCGAAAUUUACAUUUGUGAUUGGUGGCUCUCUCCAGAAUUGUAUUUGAGGCGGCCUCCUGAAAAGAACCAAGAUUUCCGUUUGGAUAGAUUAUUACAACGUAAAGCUCGUGAAGGGGUGAUGAUCUAUAUUGUCAUUUAUAAAGAAAUGUCUUUGGCUCUUCCAAUCAACUCGGCUCAUACAAAAUUAUGGUUACAAGAUCUUCAUCCCAACAUUAUUGUUCAAAGACAUCCUGAUCAUCGCUCUAUUGACAACAAUGUAUUAUUUUGGUCACACCAUGAAAAAAUCGUAGUGGUAGAUAAUCGACUGGCUUUUAUUGGUGGACUAGAUUUAUGUUAUGGCCGUUAUGAUACACAUGACCAUAGUUUGAUUGAUGCACCUGCAGAAGGCAUAGAAUAUGAAAUUUUCCCUGGUCAAGAUUACUCUAAUCCUCGUGUCAAGGAUUUUACAAAUAUUGUGAAUUAUGAUCUAACGCUGGUGGACCGAAAAGUGACAGCAAGAAUGCCUUGGCAUGAUAUGACUAUUGGUGUUGUUGGACCAGCAGCAAGAGAUAUAGCUCGUCAUUUUGUACAGCGAUGGAACUUUUUGAAGGCAAGCAAAGGUAUGCAUCGAUCAACAGUACCAUUCCUAAUGCCUAAAGGGGAAUAUGUGGCAGCAAGAGAUGAAUCCAAAUUCAAGGGAACAUGUAGAACUCAAGUAUUACGAAGUUCGGCCGAAUGGAGUUCAGGCAUUGAACGAGAGCAUUCAAUUUACAAUGCUUAUAUGGAAUGUAUUAGCAAGGCAAAACAUUAUGUUUAUAUUGAAAACCAGUUCUUUGUGAGUUCGACUACAUAUGACAAAGUCCUCCGAAAUAAAAUUGGUCAAGCUAUUGUAGAACGCAUCAAAAAAGCUCAUGCAAAAGGUGAAAAAUUCAAGAUCUUUAUUUUGAUUCCUCUGAUUCCUGCAUUUGAAGGUGAUCUUUCUAGCUCUGAUGCUUCUGCUGCUAGAACUUGUAUGCACUUUCAGUACGUUACUAUAUCUCGUGGUGGCAACUCUAUUGUGGAAAAGCUUAAGGAAGCCAAUAUCGAUCCCACGGAAUAUAUUGGAUGGUACUGUCUACGAAACUGGGCCAAAAACAAACCUACUACGACAAACUCCACUACAAAGGACACAACUACAAAACAAGACAAAUUCAACAAGGAUAAACGAACAGAUAGUGGCACAGUAGUAGAACAACAACAAAACGGGUCAGCUCUAGUUUCGGAUGAAACAAAAUCAAAUCUCUCUUCACCAUCAACCAAUGACACACGCAGAUCAUCACCCAUCGGAAGUUCAUCAUCAAGAACGUUACAACCGGCUGUAGCUAGUGAUACCGUGGUGAACGAUCCUCUCCAAACUAAUGCCUACAUGAAUGAAAACGAUGAAGUGGAAGAUGAUCGCAAACAUUAUGUUAGUGAAUUGAUUUAUAUUCACGAUAAACUUCUCAUUGUGGAUGAUCGAAUUGUAUUAGUGGGUUCUGCAAAUAUCAACGAUCGGUCUCAACUUGGAAAUCGUGAUUCUGAAAUUGCCAUGCUGAUAGAAGAUACUGAUAUUGUGACGACUGUUAUGGAUGGAAAAGAGUACAAGGCCUCUAAAUUUGCUUUAUCACUACGAUUACAAUUGAUGAAGGAGCACCUGGGACUACUGGAUUUCAACGACUGGGAUAAAUUGAUGGAAUUUGAAGAUAAUACAUCGAACGAUAAUCAUCUCGCAUCCGCGACCAUGAAUGCGACCACAAGAGCAAGACGGUCGAAAACAGUGACAGAAGAGGAAAUCAAAAAGUACGAACAAACUCGACCUGACCAAGUCUUGGAUGAUGGAUCAUUAAAAACAAUAGGAAACAACAGUAGAUUACACAAGGACGAUGAAAUCAUUGAUAGUACUAAUGGCACACCAAAAAAAUCAUCAUCAACAUCGAGUCCAAUGAUAUCUGACGAAAAACGGGCAAUGGAUCCACUCUCUGAUCAAUUUUAUUAUAACAUAUGGCGACGCACAGCAAAUCGCAACACAUUGAUAUAUCGCGAUCUCUUUCGAUGUGUUCCAGAUGACACCAUUCAUACAUUUGAACAACAUCGACGAUUUUUGGCGGAUAUUCCUCAUGGACAUGUGGCAGAUCCCUCUCUCUCAGAACAUGAUAUUCUAGCAAAGUUGAGCAAGGUACAUGGGCAUCUGGUGGAAUUCCCUAUGGAUUACUUGAAAGAUGAAAAUAUGCUUGGUUCUUAUCUUCGUGAAACGGUCACUCCUAUGGUUAUUUUUACUUGAUCUUUUUUUUUUU